CCCAUCCCGGCUUCUCUCCGCUGGGUCGGCGCCGGGGCUGGGGGCUUUUGGCGAUUUCCCGGCUGUGGAGCAGCCGGCGGUCUCGUCCGCCCGCCCCCCGGGCAGCCUCGGAGCGGGGCCGGGAAGGUGCGCAGCCGCCGCGGCUGUGCCGGGUGAGCCCGCGCCGCUGGCCGCGGCCGUGUAGAGCCUCCUGGCGGCGGCCGCGGAGCUGCGGGCUGGGGGCGCGGGGCAUCGGCGGCUCGGCUCUGGCUCGGAGCUGCUCUGGGACCGACUGGGGGGUGGCUUCUUUGGUUGUGUUUUCUUUUUGCUUGGCACAUACCUCAUCUCCUUUGCUAGGUUAGAAACAAAACAAAAAACAUAAAAAAGGAAAAAAAUACUUUUUGUAUUGCAGCGAUACUGUAUUGUUGACAUUCAUUCGGUGUGUUAUCUGUAACAGCCUCUCAAUCAUUACUGUCGCUGAGUCAGUUGUUCCCAGGCUUGUGUUUUCCUGCCGCAAACAGUUCCUGACUAAGAACCCGAAAGCCUCUCUCGGUCUCUGUCCUGUUUUCCUCCCCGGACGAUGGCCCUUGAUAACAGCCUAACUUCUCUUGUGCUGCCUGACUUGCACAAUAGCACACGAGUGUGGCCUUUUUAAAGGCGCUUGUCCAAAAGGAUGUCAAAGUAUCAACCACUUUCUAAAUGUGCCGUGGUUUUAAGCCCAGCUGGAGAUGAAACCAGGACAAAAUGAUUCAGAUGUUUUUUUGGAUCCUCCUUGGGCUGGGGGAAGGGAAAAAUGGGACAAACUGCUUUUGAUCCACAGAAAGUCAUUUGUGGGUCAAAAGCUGAGGUUUGUUUAGCUCACAUUCUCAGGAGCAGGGAUCUCUCUCUUACUUGUUAGAGGGUAAUUAUUUUAUGUUGCUGUGAUGCCUUGGGAGCCUUACUAGAGGAGUGUGAGCUCUCAUCUUGCUCCCCUCUGCAGAGAACAAAAAGGCAGCCUCUGCCUGAAGGUACCUCCAGGCUUGAUCUAGGAAAGAGGCAACACACGCGUGUGGGAGUACAGGGAAAGCCAGUGCUGAUCAGCAGCCACACAAUGGCUUACUAGUUAGCCUAAAGAAAAAACAAUCUCAUUUUUUCAUAGGCCUGGAGCCAGGAGAGUUAGGGAAGGAUGUGGAAGGUGACUGGAAAACUACAGGCUUCAAGCUUCCACUUAGAAUUCAUUUCCUUAUCCAUAGUAAGCUCUGCCUGUAACUGAAGCACUGAAACCUUCCCAAGAAGGUGCUUGGGAACACUGUAGGCAUUUGGCAUUUCCUUAGGUAACCCAUCCAGGGCUUAGAGACCUUAAUGGUUAAAAGUGUUUCCUGCUAAUAACCACUGAAAGUUGAGCUUUGCUGCAGUUAAAGCCACUUCUGCUUGCUCUGGGUAUAAAAGAAGGCGAUAAAUGUUUGCCUCUUUCUUCACGUAAUACUUUCUUCUUUCCCUCUAUUAAGCUUUACAAUUUUUAAAAUUUUGUUGAUUUUCUUUAGACUUCUGAUAAUUUUUGUAGCUCUCGCUAGGAGAGACCUGAUGUUUCAUUUUCUUAAAAAUAGACCUGUAUCACUAUUGCAGCUGAGCCUGUUGUUUCUAAUCUUGUUUUCCUGCAGUCAGUCAUUUCUCUUGAGCAUAACUUCCUUGAGUUUCACUGUACCUUUUCAUAUUGCUUCUAAAGACUACUUUAAAUUCUGCUCCUCUCCUUCUGUGCUCUCUGAACAAGGAGGAAGCUGCAUAAAUGUGUACAGGAGCAGUGCUGCAUGGAGCAAGUGCUUGUCCUUACCUUGAACAAGUGGGUGAUGGGGUCUGGUGUCCUGGGAUAAGGUGACACAGGAGACCAAACAACUCUUUGGUGUGGCCUGAGGGUUCUAGGGUAAAGCAAGGUUUCACGUAAACUGUUUACAAGUCAUGCUUUUGCAUGUCCUGUACCUAAGCUGAUAAAGCAUCUAUGCACUUUAAUCUCAAGUCUAUACCACUCUGCUAGUAGUGUGAGCUGUGCCUUGAACCUUGGAUAUAAAGACCUACCAGCCAAAGUCUUGUUCCUGCCUUAAAAAUGUUCCAGAGAUUAAAUAACAUGCUCGUGGGAGAGAUUGACAGCUUGUCCAGCCAAGAGCCAGAGUUCAGUGAGAAGGAAGAUGACGAGUGGAUUCUGGUUGACUUUAUUGCAGACACUUGCACUAAUUGCUCCGUGGAGGAAGCAGACCUCGUUGAAGCAUCGGCCACGGACAGCUCGCCCGUCUUCUCUUGUUUAUCAUCUCCCCUGGAACACUUGCCGGAGGCCAGCGAGUCCUGCUUCAUCCAGUUUGAGUCAUGUCCUAUGGAGGAGAGCUGGUUUAUUACCCCUCCCCCAUGUUUUACUGCAGGUGGAUUAACCACUAUCAAAGUGGAGACCAGUCCCAUGGAGAACCUCCUGAUAGAGCAUCCCAGCAUGUCUGUGUAUGCUGUCCACAACACCUGUCACAGCCUUAAUGAGGCUGCCUGUGGGGAUGAGGAGUUUCACAGCCCAGGUAGCCCCAGACAGGAGGCCCCAAAUGAAAUGGGACAGCGUGUUCACUGCUAUGUCACGGCUCUUGCUACUAGUUCAACUUUUCUGGAAAAAAACAAGAGCUUUCGUCCUACCCACUGGAUAAAAGAACAUAAUGAAAGACACUGUCUCAACAGGAACAGUCUCCGUCGCCAAAACCUCGCCAGGGAUUGCCACUCUCGGCAAAUCAAGCACAACGGACUGUUUGUUCACCAGCCUUGCCAGCGUCAGUUCAAUUACUGAUGGCUCUUGUGGUUUUAAUCUAUGGCCUAAUUGUUUCUUAGGUUGCUUUUGUUUUCAUGUGUAGGUAAGUGUGGUCAAUCUGAAGCUGAUUGUCAAUCCCUCAAACACAAUCGUAACUAGUGUUGCAUUAUUUUCAAAAGACUCCUAAGUCUCCAAUCAUCUUGCAUCAAGUUCUAAAUGUUGAUGUUAAAUAUCAGUGUCUUGGAAGCCUAUCAGUAUGAUAGUUUGUGUGCUGUUUUAUAAACUUUGAUGUAUAGAUGGGUUCUUAGUUGGUAUUUUAAAGAAAUUUAACUGAGAUGGAAAUGAGUUACAUUUUGCAUUAAUCAAAACGAAGUUAGAAAAUUAGUCAUGUGCUUUAAUGACCAGUACUUGACAGUUUGUGUAUCUGUCUGUAUUCAGCAUAUAUGAUUACUUUCUGACAAGGAAAUUCUAUAGCUGCCAGUGGAUAUUACAUAGCUGUGCUGAGCUGUUUCAAGAAGGACAUCUCACCUAAAUUCCUAGAACUUACUUGUGUUAGUGGGGGCUGUGUAGGUGUGCUGGGUACUUGAUAUGGAUAUUGAAAGAGGGUUAAAUGUCCCACCAACAUUGUUGCAGUACAAUAUGGCACCAGUGUUACAGAUGUAGUACCUCACAGUGGAGUGGGAAGAAAAGUGAACCCUUGGGUAACGUGCAGAUGCACAACACAGAACUGAACUGGCAGCUUUACCAGAUAAAGUUUGAGUUUCUGUAACUAUUUCUGUCUUUGAAGCAUGUAUUUCCCCUACCCUAUCUCAUUUAAUCUCUAGUCUAGGUAAAGGAGAAAGGUUAAAAGAAUGGUCAGUCCACCAUCUAUCAGUAGCUGACUGCUCUUCAAAGAAGUCAGGCUGAUAGACAGCUAUUUCUGAGCUACAAAUUGCUAUUAGAUUGUCUCAUAUUCACAGAUUGAGAGUAGCUCAGAAGUAGCUAGAAGGAAGCUUUUAUUCAAAGUUCUCCUAAUUUUCUCUCUCAUUCUUUAUGAAAAUGAAAUCCAAGUUAAUGGGGACUGGAAAUGAAGGGCAGUGUGAGGUAGGACGAAUUGGAUGCUGAGCUAAACACAGUGAUAACAGUGUAUAAAAAUUGAUCAAUCAGCUGUGGUUGUUCUCCUAGCCCACUGGAGGCAGAAGGAUUUAAUAGCAAUUCCAUGGGCCAACAGGAAAGAAAAGCCAUUCAAAACAAUCAAGUAGCUUUCUUAAGAGCACUGAGCAAGAUGUUUUGGAAGUUGGCAGGCAGUGCCAACUACAACUACAGGUAAAGUUCACCUGUUACCAAAAGCUGUGUUACACAGCAGCCAGUGGUAUGCUGGACCCUGAUAGAUCCAGAUCAGUCUGGGAAGUGGAUUAAAUGGGAAUGGAAGUAAGGAAGCAGAAAUCUUCAGUGAGAGAAGGGGGGAAACCAUAAGUAAGUUUAUCUUCCUUUCUGCCAGUGCUUAAUGUGACUUGCUGUUUUCCCUUGUGUUUAGUGCCUAGGGCAUUACAGUGUUAACAUUACACUCAGCUGUGUCUUCCAGUAAUCCUUACACAGAAAUUGGUACAAGGAGUCAUGUGAGGAGUCCUUGAAAUAAGACAAGGUUGAUAAUGUGAAUUGUUCCAGACUUAUGAAGUAUUUAAAUUCAGCCAGAUGCUUCAAUUUCACUGAAGCAAAACCCCAGCAAUUCAAAUUGACCUUGAUGUAGUGGGUACUGUUGUGUGUUCUGCAGCUGAAAUUGUUGUGGAACCUACUUAGCAUACAGGGAACAGCAUUCAUAACCUAUGUUUCACUGCAGAUGUGCUGCUUCACUGCAAUUAGGAUUGUCACAAAGGGAUAUUGAAAAUAAUUAAAUGUACAAAAGCAAGAGGUGCUUUCCUGGAUACACUAGUUUUUGGGGUUUUGUUGUUUGGUGUUUUUUUUUUUUUU